UUAUUUCAAUCUGCUCACCGCUGCCACCCCCGCGCUGACUCGGGAGAGAUGAAGACCGACACACGCGUCCUCCGAAAAUGUGUGCGUCAGCCAAAUGGCUCUGCAGGCCUACCGUGCAGCAACCUCAGAGCUACAGCGUAGGAGGACCACACAGCUCCAGGCAACUUACCGGCAGGCCCGCAGGUGCCCGGCCACUCUACAGGGGUCGCUGUGCGCGGACAAUGCAGUUACGAGGGACCAGUUUGUUCAGGACACUGCCAUGCUGAGGGAGUGCGCUGAGGCACGGAAAGCCGCCAACUACAACAGGAGAGGGUUCACAGAACGCCAUACCUCUGGUGCCAUUGUAGAGUGCCUUCAUGGCAUUAUUCAGGAAUUGGAUUUGACUGGGAAAGUUCAGUGUGCUGUAAUAGGUAAUGGCGCAAAGAAGCCAGCUGCACUCACAUCUCUUGGUGCUGGAUGUCUUCCUGUCAUUUUCUUCAAUGACUGGAUUGCCAUAGAGCAGACUACUAAGAUUCUCAAGCCCUUUGCUGUCACUGAGGAGAUGUCUGCUGAGAAAUAUGUAACUGCAUCAAAAGUGGUUGUUUUAGUCAGAAAUUUACAAAAAAUUACUGCCACAGCAGCCCAGCAGCAUGAUAAAGUAACCACUCCUCACAGCCUGGCUGAUGCAUUGAAUAAGUGUCUUUGGAAAAGAUUUCUGGGAAUCUCCACCGUUUUGGACCCACUGUUCAAAACACUUGUAUUUGGGAACGACAAAAAUGCUGAUGAGUCCAUUAAAGCUGUGACAGCAGAAGCAUCACAGCUGCCUGAAGUUAGUGGCACCCAAGCUGUAGUGACAGGAGCAUGCAGUACCCUACCUGAUGACGUAUGGAAAGACUUUGAUGCCAAGGUUACCCAGCAGAAUCCAAACAGGGACAUCACAGCAGAGGUGAAAAUGUACCUCACUCUCCCUCUCAAGAAGCGAUGUCCUCUAGGAUUUUAGAACUCUGAAGGUGUGAGGUUCCCCCACCUGCUGAAGAUGGCUUGGAUGUACCUCUGUAUACCUGCUACAUCAGUACCAAGCGAGAGAGUUUGCUCCCAGUCUGGGGAGCUUACUUCCAAAAGAAGGUCCAGACUCAAGGCAAAACAAGUAAACAUGUCCCUUUUCCUGUAUUAUAACAUGCAGGUAUAGAGAAAAUUAAUCCAAUGCAGAGGGGGUUUGUUAUUUACCAUCAGUUUUGUUAAUUGGAUUAAAAAAAAGGUACAAACUGGAAAACACUAGAAAGGGCAUUACAAUAAAAGUGCACACUGCUGAUGUUUCUGGGUCUGUAUUGUUUUCAAUUCUUUAUUCCCUGAUGUAUUACCCUUGCACAAUAGAACUACAGAUGCUGUAAGAUGCACAUUUGUUCUCUUGCCAAUGCUGUUGAAUUUUGUUUUAUUUUUUAUUUUAUUUAUUUCAUUUCAUUCAUUUUCAUAUUUCAUUCAGUUUAUUGUCACCUGUUUUAUACACAUGUAAAGAAAAGAAAAUCACAUUCAGAUUUAAAUUAAUUAUAUUCUAUUCAAAAAUAACUCCUGUAUUUAUAAAACUUACUAUCUGACAUCAAUAAAGUUAAUUGGCUACUGUUU